ACGCCCCCCACCCAACACACCAAAGCACAUCACACCAAAGCACAGCACAGCACAAGGUCAUGGCCUCCACUGCUGGUUGUGAUGUGUUCCUUUCCUGCCAUGAGAAUGGGGAUGUCACGAGAACACUGAGGGCUGCAUUGGAGCAGCGUGGGGUGCGCGUGUUCUCACCAGGAGACGAUGACGGCAGAGGUGGCAAAUCCAGUGCUACGGCAGCCGUGCUUGCAUGCACGCUGGCAGUGAUCAUGGGCACGAAGGACUACGGCAAGCGGUCGCGAAACAAGGCCAGCUCCGCUGCCCAGCUGCGUUCCAUCCUCAAACACAACAAGCCCUUCUUUCUCAUCAAGAUGUGUGACAAGUUCGCCUCGCGGGAUGUGCGCAAGCGCCUCCCAGACGCGCGUGCACAUUACACCUUGCCAAGCCCAACAACAGCCAUUCCCUCGCAGCUCAUCGACGCCAUCAUCUCAAAGCUGCAGGCGAUUGUGCCUGCCAACAGCAGCCGGCAAUUUGGAUGGCAGGCACCGCUACAGCAGCAGCAGCAGCAACGACAACAGCAGGAGCAGCCGGUACCUGCCUCGCAGCGCACAUACUUGGAGCCUGCUGACACAUUUGAGCAAAGAGACUUGUUCAACGCCACGUAUGAGGCCGUGCGACCAAACCCUGCCGCUGCUGGCGCGACCACCAACACGAACACAAACACCAGCGCGAUCAUAGGCACUGCGGCCCACAGCAGCAGCAGCAGCAGCAACAGCAACACGGCCGACCCCGAUGACAGCAACGGCAACAGCAGCGGUGACUACUUGGAAGUGACUGCGGCCACCAACGUGGAAGCCGACAACACCUACGAAACCGCGGGCUUGGGCGACUUUGAUGUGUACGGCACAGAGUCCACACAGCAGCAGAAACCCGGUACAGCCACCACCACCACAGCGACCAACCCCAGCAGCAAAGAAGACAAGCCCGCGUACGAUACGCCUGACCCGGGAAACUUUCAAGUGUAUGGCACAGCUGAUGCCACCCCAUCGACCACCACAGACACCACCACUGGUGCUGCGGGCCGAACAUAUUUGACGCCCGUAAGUAGAGGAGUCCAUCAAGAGGAGACGUACGACCAGGUCGGGUUGGGCGACUUCUCCGUGUACGGCGAAGCCUCGACGGACGAUGCGCAGCUGCUCUCUGCGCUGGGACACAGACAAGGCAAGGAGGGCCAGCACCUGAUGAUGCGGCCCCUGCACAAGGACUUCACGGCCCUGGGCUCAGAGACCACGACGGAGCAGGUGGCCGUGUCAAAGGGCAGAUCGAGCAAGCGUCUGCUCCUCGUCGGCAUCGUCGUUGCGUUAAUUGUGGCUGCUGCCGUCGCUGUUCCCAUUGCCAUCACCUCAACUGGGCCCGCUGCCACCAGCAAGUCCAAAUCAAACAGCACCACCGCGCCCACCACCACAUUGCCGACUACCACCAGCACGGCACAGUCAGGUCUGUCAACUACCGCAACCACAACGACAACAACGACACAGCUCUGCUCUGGCAUCAGCACUGAUGUGCUCGACUGCAGCAGCAUAACAUCGCGUCAAGCCAUUGCAGCAGCCGCGCCCUGUGAGGUUGCUGCUGUCACCUCGUGCUGCUGCGACGAGUUUUACCGCCUGCGCAGUGUCACUGGCUCCAUCUCAGUGUCGCCUCUCGCACAAACGCUUGAUCUCGGCCCACACCUGACGAGCAUAGGUGGUGGUAUCACAGCUGCCAAUGGCGCGCUGACAGAGGUAGACUUGGGUCAAGUCACCCUGUUGGGCGGAUUUAUCAGCCUUCGCGACAACGCCAUCACCCGCGUGCGCUUUGGGCAGCUCGUCUUCGUGGGCGACAGCGUUGAUUUGGAAAACAACGCCCUCACCUCCAUCGAUGUCGGUCAGCUUCCACCCUCUGCUGGUGGCGCUCGCCUGUCAGGCAACCCCAUCAAGCACCUACGCGUCUCCCAUGCUGGGGAUAACGUGCCCAGGGCCGUUGAUCUCGGCUGCGCCUCCUUCACCCUCAACAACGCGCAGGGCACGCCAACAGCACUCAACCUCUCGUCGUGUGCGCUGGAGGUGCUGGAUCUGGCUGACAUCACGGGUGCGUUUGACGUGAUUGACGUGCGCGGCAACGCCAACCUGACGCAACUCGUGCUCGGCCAGGCGCUUGCCCCCAACGGCACCGUCUUCCUUGAUUUCUUCACGCUUUCCCGCGCUCAGCUUCAAGACAUGGCAGGCAACGUGCACGUGGAUGUUGGGGCGGACACAACGGAGCUGCUAUUCGACAGCUUGCAGCGUGUUAAUGGCAGCUUGCGCGUUGUGGGCACGCGUCCCGCAUCUGUGCAGCUUGACACGCUGACUGCCGUUGGCGGCGACGUCGACUUGCGCGGCCUGCCGCUGCAGUCCUUCCACGUUGGGCGAUUGUCAGAGGUUGGGGGCAAGGUUUAUGGGGUGGGCACGACCAGCUUCAGCAUCCGCUCUGGCGUGCUGACCGGUGAUGUCACCAUCACAGCCAGCAUGCAUGCCCUCAUGGCCCUCAGCUUUGGCGACAUCGAGUACAUGCAGGGCUCCCUUCUGGUGUCCGGCACGCCCGAGUCGCCCAACAAGAUCAGCAGCAUCAACUUUGGCUCCAUGCUGCGCAUCUUGGAACAACUCGUCAUUGAGCACAGCCCAAUCGCACACAUCAACUUGGGCGGUGUGACCAGCGUUCGCUCCCUGCGAGUUGCACACACCGCAGCCACGGCUAUCACGGCCACCAGUCUGGACGAUGCGACACAACUGAGCAUCAGCGACAACGACUACCUCUCUACGCUCAGCUUUCCCGCCCUGCACGAUGUGUUUGAAGACUUGCGCGUGCAGCGCAACCCGCAGCUCACCCUCAUCGACACAUCUGCCCUGUUGACCGUGGAGGCGUCCGUGUACAUCACCGACAAUGCAGCCCUGGUUGAUCUCCGCAUGGAUGGCCUGACGACCGUGUUUGUGGACAUCCACAUCCACGACAACGCCAAGCUGCCCAGUCUGGCGCUGGAUGCCCUCUCGAGCAUAGUGCGGCACGUGUAUCUGCAACGGAAUGCGCUCACCAGGGCCAGCCUCUCAGCCAUCAGCGAGGUGCGCGGUAACCUCGACUUGAGCUUCAACCGCCUCGCGGCUUUGGACCUCACGGGAUUGGUGACGGUGGAAGGCGAGCUGGAUCUGAGCGUGAACGAGGUGGUGUCGGUCGACCUCGGUCUACUGCGCUCGGUGGGGGCCGCCUUUCUCGUUCGCCACACCAACAUCGCCAACAUCACCCUCACCAACCUGGACAGCGUCGGCGGUGACCUUGACCUGCGGUUCAACGCGCUCACCAGCCUGGACAUCCCACGCCUUGCCCGCGUGUCCGGCAGCGUGCGGCUCAACUCGAACCAGCUCACCGGUGUCACAUGUGACCUGCUUCUGGACGUGCAAGGCAGCAUCUUGCUGGACAACAACAACCUGCCGAGCAUUGACUUCCCACAGUUGAGCAGAGUUAACGGCGAUGUUUCGUUUGCAUUCAACGCCAUCACUCAGGUGUCGCUUGGGGCGCUGACCAGCGUCGGCAGACAUCUCUCCGCGCACCGCAACCAUCUCCCAAGCUUCAGCUUUGGCCAGGUCGCGGCUGUUGGCGGCGAUGUUUACCUCUCCUCCAACGACCUGACGGCCCUCGACCUUGCUGCGCUCACCAGCGUUGGCGGCGGCUUGUAUCUGCAGCACAACCUGCUCACGUCGCUGUCCUUUGCGUCCCUGCAGCACGCGGGCGGUGACAUCGAUGCCAGCAGCAACAGCAUUUCGAUCAUCGACUUUGGCGAUGCCCUGGUGCGCACCGCGGGUGAUCUGGAUCUCACCCAGAACGCCUUCAGCAACCUUGCGUUUGACGGUGCCUUGGCGUUCAUCAACGGCUCUCUGAUCUUGUCGAGCAACGACGACCUCGGCAGCGUUGACUUGCAGAACCUGACGCAUGUCCGGGGCGACAUUGUCGCCUCUUCCAACCCAAACCUCAGAAACAUGAGUCUUGGCAACGUGACUGACCUGGGUGGGAGCCUGCGCCUGGACGGCAGCCGGCUGACGCGUCUCAGCCUGGGCAAUCUCAAACACGUGGACGGGAGCAUCCACAUCCCCGCCAACGAGCUCACGUCUAUUGACUUUGGGCAGCUCACCAGCGUGGGCGAGCACAUCAACCUUUCCGACAAUGACCUGUGCACUGUCAACUUUGGCAGUGUCACUCAAGUGGGCGGAGACCUCCUGCUGAACUCCAACAAGCUGGCCACCCUGAGCUUUGGCGAGGUGUUGACGGUGGGUGGCAGCGUGGACAUCAGCGGCAACGACAUUGCCACCCUCAGCCUUGGUCCGCUGUCGCUCAUUGGCCGCGACUUUACGGCGGAGGCCAAUGAGCUGGAAACCAUCUCCUUCCCCAAGCUCGCGCAGGUCGGGGGCUCGCUGACGCUGAGGGAAAACAAGCUCUCUGGCAUCUCCUUUGGUACGCUCACUGCCGUUGGUGGCGGGUUUGAUCUGUCGUCCAACUCGUUCGAGUUUCUCACCGUGGGUUCGCUCGAGCGGGUGGCUGGGUCUUUCAAGCUCCAAAACAACCCACUCGGCUCCAUUGACUUUGGCUCGCUGGCGUUCGUGGGCGAUGACGUGGAUUUGAGCGCAACGAGUGUGAGCAUGUUCAAGUUUGGCAAGCUGCAGUACGUGCUUGGGGAGCUAACCCUGGACGAGAACGCGGCUCUGAGCACGUUUGACUUUUCGGUACUGCCUCCCUUCCGAGGGAGCGUACGACUGCCGGAAGUGGCGCUGUCAUCCGCAAGCAACCUCGACUUCAACAGCAGCGUCGCCAUCGAGCAGAAUCAGGGCAGUCUCUACAUCUUCAUCUCGGCCUUUGACCACAUUGCCGGGGACCUUGAUCUCCAAGCCAACAGCCUGACCUUGGUCACUUUCGGCCCCUUGUCGAAGAUUGGCGGCAGCCUGCUCCUUCAAGCCAACAUUCUGCAGGCCUUUGAUGCUGGCAACGUUGCUGAAGUGGGAGGGGACCUUAUCCUGACCAACAACGGCGCUCUGAACGACGUUGACUUUGGUAUGCUGACGCGAGUGGGUGGCGGUGUGCUCUUGGACGCCAACAGCCUGGACGGCCUUGACACCGGACUACUGCGGGAAAUUGGAGGCGAUCUCUCCGUGACUUACAAUGCGCUCACUGCCAUGAACUUUCCCAACCUGCUGCGAGUCAACGGCAGCUUGGCCGUCACCAAGACUGCGCUGCAGAUGCUUGAUCUGGGCAGCCGCUUGCGGGACAUUGGUGGCGACUUGCGCCUGGAGUCUAACGAUCUCACGCAAGUUGACUUUGGGGAGCUGACACGCGUUGGCGGGGCGUUGCGUCUGGACCACAACCGCUUUCAGAGCGUGAGCUUUGGGCAAGUCACACAUGUCGGGGGCGACCUGGACGUGUCGCACAACGAUGCGCUGCCAAGCCUUGACUUUCACGCCCUGCCGGAGGUUGGCAGCACGCUGUACAUCGACGUGCAGGUGCUGGAGUCGGUCAGCCAGCUGCACAUCAACAGCAGUCUGGGUAUCAGCCUGGCUGGCAAGUCAGCCUUCCAAGAUGCUUCUCUGGGCAGCGUCAACGGCACGCUGUACCUCAACCACGAACCUGACGUGCAAAGCAUCACAUUUGCCACGCUCACCGCCAUUGGUGGCGAUCUGGACCUGAGCAGUGACAGCGUGUUGAAGACCCUUGACUUGGGCACACUGGAGAUGAUAGGUGGUGACCUGUUGCUGUCGCAGAUGCAACAGCUGACGCAGAUAUCGUUUGGCUCCCUGGCUGCGAUUGGCGGAAGCUUAAGCCUUCAAGUUGCCCUGGCGCUGCCAGCCAUCCACCUCACCUCCAUCGGCCGUAUUGGGGGCGACCUGCACCUCCAGACAGCACAUGAGCUGACAACGAUUGACUUUGGAGCUCUCACGGGUGUAGGCGGGAGCGUUCAGCUGAGCAGCCUGGGCAUGCUGAGCAACGUUAGCUUUGCGUCGGUGGACAGCAUUGGCGGAGAUGUUGACAUCUCGCAGUGCUCCUCCCUCACCAGCGUGGACUUUGGCAGUGUUCGCAGCGUACGCGCUGACUUUGCAUUGCUGGGCGACAUUGGUGGGGAUGUGGUUCUGCAACAGUGCUCUUCGCUGACGCGGGUGGACCUUGGUGGCGUUACGAACAUUGGGGGUAGUCUGCAACUGAAGGGGAACCCGGCGCUGAUUGAGGUGGACUUUGGCUCGCUGGCUCAUGUUGGCGGGGUCGUGGACUUGACACAGUACAACUCGGCCCUUAUCAGUGUGCGUUGCCGCGGCUUCAACGCUACCUGUGUUUGUGCUGGCGCAGGCGUGAAGUUUAUCGACUGCCCCGUCAUCUGCUCAUCUUGCUGACGUAGCGCGCUGACUUGCUGAAGCACACACUGAACCGUAACCUGUGUGUUGCGUGGUGUGUUGUUUGAUUGUGUGAGUGCCGUUUGUAUGUGGUGUGUGUGUGUGGUGUGUGGUGUGUGGUGUGUGUGGUGUGUGUGGUGUGUGUGUGCUAUGUGUGGUGUGUGUUGUGUGGUGCGUGUGGUGUGUGUGGUGUGGUGUGUGGUGUGUGGUGUGGUGUGUGGUGUG